AUGAGCUCUCCAAGCACACUUCCCGUCGUUACUGACCCCAUUAACACAAACACAAAUGGCUCCUCGAGACCAGAGUCCCAUGCCACCACCUCCUCCACCAAACUCUCCAGUAAUGAGAUAGAAGGAUUGCGCGAACAGCGUAAGCAGAAGACAAAUUUCUUUCGACAAGCAAUCACGCAGACACCCGAUUUUCCUCAACCUGGCAUUCUCUUCGAAGACAUCUUUCCUAUUUUCACCUCGCCGCCUCACCAUGAAGCUCUUAUCGAAGCAUACGAGUUACAGAUCAAGGAACUUCAAGGCGGUCCUCCAGACGUUAUAGUUGGUCUCGACGCUCGAGGCUUCUUAAUAGGACCAACACUGGCACUACGAGCACGUUGCAAAUUCGUUCCAGUUCGAAAAGCUGGCAAACUACCGGGCAAACUUGAGACGGUGACCUACGAGAAAGAGUAUGGAGCAGAUACAUUCGCCAUGCAGACCGACAGCAUCAAGCCGGGUGACAAGGUCUUGGUUGUUGACGAUUUGAUUGCUACUGGUGGCUCGGCUGCAGCUGCGGGACAGCUGGUCAAGAAGUGUGGUGGCCAGCUUCUCGCUUACAUAUUCAUCAUCGAGCUGACUGCUCUCAGUGGAAGAGGAAAGCUUGGCGAUGUACCAGUCUAUACGUUGAUCGAGAGCCAGGCAUGA